AUGUCGUCGACCUUGACAGAGACGGUGGCUGAUUCGGCCUCGUCUCAUGGCCGUUUCGCUCAAGACGACAUCUCUUUGACUCAACGCAGCAGGCAUGCGACAUCAGAAGCAGAAGAAGAAGCAGCAACACCGCCCGCAGAACCCUCCGCGACCAAAAGUUCGAAUCGACAAACCAUCAUCAUCACCAUCGCCUCGUUCACGAUUGUCUUCACGUGCUGCGGAAUUAAUUUUGCCUUUGGUAUCUUCCAGGCAGUUUUCGAGACCCUUUCGCAGCAGCCUGACACCCCCUUUACCGGAGCUUCGCCUGCCGACAUUGACCUGAUUGGCACUCUGUCCAUAUCUCUUAUGACUAUCGGAGCUCCUUUUGUCGUUGCGUGGUCCAAACGCUUCUCGCCGAAGUUGAUCUCGCUCAUCGGCUCAACCAUAUUCUCCGCUGCGCUUAUUCUGGCAAGUUUUGGGAAAUCCCUGUGGCAUUUCGAAGUCACUCAAGGGGUUCUAUUGGGCCUCGGAACUUGUAUGAGUUAUAUGGUGGCCGUGACAAUCGCCCCGACUUGGUUCACUACACGGCGCGGCCUUGGACUUGGGAUAAUCACCUCCGGCACUGGUAUUGGGGGUCUCGUAUGGGCACCAGCCCUGAAAGCGGCUGUCGAUAGCAUGGGUUAUCGAAAUGCUAUGCGUCUUGCUGGAGGCAUCGCCUUUGGGCUCAAUGUCCUAGCUAGUGCCGCCAUGGCAUGGGAGCCUGAGGCAAAGGCUCGAAUCGACAUGGAGAACGCCGCAAGGACUAGCCGUAUGGAUGGAAUUCUCAAAGUACCCAUCGUCGAUUGGCGCAUCGCACGCACACUUUACUAUCUCCCACUCUUCUUCUUUGCCACCUAUGCCAGGACUUUGGGAUACAGUGAUACAGCCGGUGCUAAUUUUAUCGCCCUUUCAAAUGCCUGUAACGCAAUUGGCAAGAUAGCGAUUGGUUAUGCUGCCGAUCAUAUGGGAAGAUUGAAUGCUCUGGGCUUAUUCAUCUCAUUCACCAUCCUAUACGGCAUUUUCGCAAGCGCCUACGUUGCCCUGUUCCCUGCGAGCCUGGUGGAACUAUUUGGAGUCCAUAACUUCGCCUCAGUCAACGGCGUGCUAUAUAUGGUAAGGGGCUUAGCAUCCCUUGUUGGAACUCCCGUCGGCGGUGUCUUGAUCCGCAGCCAUUCAACGGGCAGUCCAGCGAGGUCAUAUGAAGGCAUGACGGUGCUUACCAGUGUCCUCCUCUUUGCCGCAUCAAUCUCGGUCAUAUGGGUGAGAAUGGAAGCUAUGAUUGGCGUGGAUGGGAAGCUUGUUAAGAAGUGGAAGAUGUGA